CAUUGACAGCUCCACUGCUGCACCAGCUGCAGUCGAUCAGCUAUGGUACAGUUUAAUUCAGAGUUUUCAUCCGCUUCUUGAAAAUCAUUCACGGUAGCAGGAGGCUGCACUUGUCAGGAAUGGCGCCAGGAGGAGUUGCACCUCCGCUGUCGGAAAUAGAUGAAAUGCUGGCGGAGCAAGCAGACAUUCCAUACGAGCUGAAAGAUGUCAAAGCUCCGCGUCUGGCAGGUUUGCCCCUGAAGCUCUUUGCUUGGGCUGUGGAAAGCAGCUGGUCAUCGUCAAUCCUGCCAAAACUCAAACGGGACAGCAACAUUCCCCAGAUCUUGAAUGAACGUGACUGGCCAGACGAGCCAACCUUCUUCCCAGCGCAUUCCACAUCAAGUUACGUAGAAGAGUCCGGUGUUUGGCCAUUGCAAGAGGCCAACACGAGGGGCAACCUUGCGACGGCCGUGCAAGCACUCCCAGCAGAAACAUCAUCGGGAUCAGGCUUCCAGUACUGGAAGAUCCGUGACUACGCGAAUGCUUACAGCACCGGGAGUGUGACACCUGUCCAGGUCGCAGAGAGAUUCAUCGCUGCCAUAGAAGCAUCCCAGAAGCAGAAGCCGGCUUUGAAUUUCCUCAUAGCUUGGAGCAAAGACGACAUUCUAAGACAGGCAGAGGCCUCGAAGCAACGCUAUGCCCAAGGAGCACCUCUGUCCGUUCUUGAUGGUGUGCCAAUAGCCAUAAAGGACGAGAUCGACUGCCUUCCUCACAAAACAACAGGCGGUACCACAUGGCUUGCUGACACUCGCCCGGUGAAGGAGGAUGCUGCCAUUGCUGCCAGGUUGAAGGAAGCAGGGGCGUUGAUUGUCGGCAAGGCGAACAUGCACGAAGUUGGGAGCGGAACCUUUGGCAUCAAUCCGCACUAUGGGUCGCCUCGCAACCCCCAUAACCCAGCCCACGUCACUGGCGGAUCCUCAGCUGGCAGUGCAGCUCUGGUGGCGGCUGGGCUGGUGCCUGUGGCCCUUGGAGUUGACGGGGGAGGUUCCGUGCGGAUUCCGGCCAGCCUGUGCGGCAUCGUUGGGCUGAAGGGCACGUUUGGACGGGUACCUGUUCAUGGGCACAUUCCAAUCACCAACUCAGUGGGAAUGAGCGGUCCGUUGGCCGCAUCUGUCGAGGACGCACUCAUCGUGUACGCCGCAAUUGCCGGACCCCAUCCUGGAAACCAUCACUCGCUGGCCCAGCCUGCUGUCCGCAUUCCACGAUUGUCGGGCCCUGGUCUGACCAGCCUUGCCAACGUGAGGAUCGGCCGCUACCAGCGCUACUUCGAGCACGCAGACCCGGAGGUGGUGCAAGUGUGCACGCAGGCGGUGCGGGUACUCGAGAACGAGCUCAAAGCGCAGUUUGUAGACGUGGUCAUUCCCGAGCUGGAGGAGCUGCGCGUUGGUUGGACCGGUACGUUCCCGGUGGAGAGCUUCUCGUUCCUCAACUACCAGUACGAGCACGGCAAGAAGGCGCUCCUUGGGUACGACGUGCGGAUCAAUUCGGCGGUCGGGCGGAGCUUCAGCGGGCUCGACUACGUGAACGCUCAGAAGCUUAGGACGCGGAGCCUCCACCACUGGGCCAAGGUCCUCGAGAAGGUUGACAUCAUCGUGACGCCAACAUCAGCGAAGACUGCCCCGCUAUUGAAAAGCGACGCGCUGGCGACGGGCGACUCCGACCUGACGCAAGCUUUGGCCCUCACCCGUUUUGUGGUGCCCGGCAACUUCCUGGGCCUGCCCGCCAUCAGCGUUCCCGUGGGCUACGACACCAAGGGUCUCCCGGUUGGCCUGCAGCUCAUCGGGCGGCCGUACGCAGAGGCGACGCUCCUCAAGGUCGCCGCAGCGCUCGAGGCUAUAAUGUCCCCUUCAAGGAAGAAGCCGGCGAUCUUCUAUAAUCUCCUAAGCAAGUAAGUGAAACGGGAUUUUGAAUGCGCAAACUAAGCGCACUGCCGUAGGUCAGGUCACAAUUACUUGUGGGGUGAAGCCGGCAAUUAGUCUGUGUCUAGGAGUGCCACCGCUGUACUGUCAUGCUGUGCUGAUAGUCACUAUGGCAGAAGCGGAGCCUGCUGUGGUGAUGGGUGACAUUACUAUGAUCAUGUAUGGUUGAGCAGUUAAAAGUUGGACCGUGGACCGUUUUGUCGUUAAGCUCUUGAUGGCUGGUCCGACCAAUUAUUGGUCAGCACUGGUUUUGCAUGCUAACUCACGUGGAUCUGCAAGUUGCCUCCGACGAUGG